AUGAGUCACCGCCUAUCACGUCGCCAUUCCACCUCCUUCGAGGACCAGCUCCUCGAGCUGGUGGAUGAUCUCGACGACGAUCAAGUCUACGAGCUGCUGCAGGACCUGAACAACACCGUCGAAAGCAACGUCGCGGUCUCCCACGCCAUCGACCUCUUCGAGCAUGCGAAGCACAAGCCGAUAAACCCCCCAGCGCCGCCGCCCGCCCGGCAAACGUCAAUCCGCCGCUCUGCCUUCGGUCUCCCAAAGCUAUUCAGAUCAGCGAGCAAAAGAAUAUCUUCAGCCCCAGCACCGAACCCGCGUGUGAAGACGGGAGCGCCAAACGCUCGACGACACUACCGCAAAAUCAGCCGGCCUACGCUAUCGUCGUACGGCAGCGUCCCCGACCUAAAUGGCGCCCUGCUGUCGGCGUAUUUGGCGCGCAAUCCGGCGCAACGCGAUCCUAAUACCUCGCCUCCCAUCCUGGAAACGCCAUCACCCGACAGCGCGAGUGCACGCCUCGACGCUCAGGAUCCCGGCAUGGAUCUACUCGCGCCCUUCGUCUUCGGUGGGUCCUCAAGGGAAGGAGAGAAGAUAGGGAGUAUCUCAGAGGUCCUCGGAUUCUGA